AUCUUUACAUGCUGAGCUUUUUGUAUUAUAGCCUCAAUUAAAUGAAGACCGACGCGAUAAACAAUUUUUACUUGAUGUCAGGAUCAAGUAACACAUGUAAACAGAGGACUGUCACACACUGAGAAUGUUGACACUGUUUUUUUUUCCGGCUCAGGACGACGUUCGUGAAGCAGCUUUUAGCUGUUGCCAACUAUUUUAGAGCAGGGAGGAAGAUAAAAAGCGUUAUUUCUGAUGCUUUCUUGGCGUUGGCGAAUCAAGCCGAGUCUAUAUGAGUCUUCCGUGUUUGCGGCCGCUCUUUAAAUAGGCUCGUGUAGGCUCGCAAUAACUUGGUGAAACGCAACACGAAAUAUGGUCACUUUUUGCUCUGCUUUCAUUCACAUUCUUGCCACUGUGCGGGAAGCUGGUGGUUGGUGAAGCGCCCAUCUACUUAAGAGGGGAUACAUGUAACGUUCAGGCCUCAAACUGCACUCAUCCAUCAAGCAAGAGCAGCUAUUAAACUAACUGUUGACAAAUUGAACUGAAGGCAUCGCUGGAGAUUGUCCUUGAUUUUCUUCACUGAUCAAGUAUAACUAGAUCCCGUCAUGUCUAACCCAACCAGCCAAAUCAACCACGAGGCAGCCUACUUGUCUCUCAUGAAAGGAGUGAAGGAGCUGGACUUUAAUGGUCCCUGUGUCCCCAGCGACCUGCUGCUGAUCGGAGACCAUGCCUUUCCUUUAGCCAUGAACAGCAAAGGUCAGGUCCUGAUAGCUGCCUCUUUGUAUGGUGCUGGGAGGAUUGUUGUUCUGGGUCAUGAAGGCUACCUGACUGCCUUUCCUGCUCUGGUGGAGAACGCCCUGAUCUGGCUGCGGGGUGAUGGAUCAGGUGACCCUUCUGUAUUUGUGCACAACAGCGUCAAGGUGGUCAAUAACAACCUCAGCAUGUCCACCUUCCAAGCACAAGUGGUGGGGGCCUUUAAUGGCAAUCUGAAGGCAGGUGUGUAUGUGACGGAUGCAUACAGCGUUGGUGCUGACCCGAAAGACUUAGUGGCCUUUAUGAAAGCUGGAGGAGGGGUGAUGAUCGCCGGCCAGGCGUGGAGCUGGGCUGCCGAUCACCCUAAGGAGAAUACACUGCAUCACUUUGAUGGAAACAAGGUGUCUGGGGUUGCAGGGAUCUACUUCUCUAAGAAUCCAGCAGAAGUGGAAAACCUCCCAGUCUACCCACAGAUCCCAUCCUCCUACAUGGCUGUAGUAGUAGGGAAGGAUUUUGAAGACGACUUGCAGUUCUUACUUCAUGGUGUUUCAGAGCUCGCCGUUCCAAAUGGUGCACUAGCGUCAGAAGUUAUGGUCCAUGGCCCACUAGCAUUUCCUAUUGGUGUAGCAAAUGGUGGGCGGGCAUUUUUGGCUGGAGCCUAUUAUGGCCAAGGUCGGGUCAUCGUUGCUGGACAUGAAGCAGUUCUGAGUGCUGAGACAAAUUCUCAGUUUUGGAAGAAUGCCUUUCAUUGGCUUGAUGAAGGCCGAAGGGGCGUUGUUGGAGUAGCACUGAACAAUGGGAUUGAUGUAGCUACCAACUCAGGCCUACAAAUGGAGAAUACGGGCUUCAAGAAAGACCUGAGUGUGUUUGUGUCUCCAUCAAACCCCCAAAGCCACUUGGAAGAGAUCAAGAACUUUGUAGCAGAAGGAGGAGGUCUUCUGAUUGGAGGACAUGCCUGGUACUGGGCACAGAGCCAUGGUGGAAAAAACCCAAUGACAGAAUUUGGAGGGAACAAAAUCCUAAACCAAAUGGGGCUGAGCCUGCUGGGGUCAACUAUUUCAGCAGGUUCAUACAAGGCUCUGGAUCCCAGCCAGAGCAUCAAAGAUACCUACCAUUUCCGGCAUCUUUUGCACCGCUUUGCAAAGCAUGUGACUGUGCAGGAUGAACUCAGUAAAGACGAGGAGGAACUCCUCAAAAAACUGGGCAGCGACUGCUCUACCUAUUUGAACAUGAAAGCUCAUGACUCCUGUCACUACUCUCAGGUAGUGGCAACACUCACAGACAUCUUAAAAAAGUCAGGCAUGCCACAGGUGAACGAGAAAUGCCCUGUCAAAAGUCCCAAAGACCACCUUCUGCUCAACAUUGGGGCAGAGGUUUACAAGGUUUGUCCACAUCCAGACGACCUCCUGCCGUACCUCAUUAUGGACAAUCCUCUGCUGCCAGUUGUCCACAAUCACAGGGUCAAAAUUGAUGUCAGUACAGCAGGAGGAGAGGAGUGGAUCAGCACAGGUCUCUACCUUUCUCCUGGUAUGAAGACAUAUGUGGCCAUACCAGCAGAUAUCGUCAACAAAGGAUGGCAGAUUCAGAUAGGCUGUCAAACAGAUCAUCUGAAUGCCGCAGAGUUGAAGAGAGCUCCAUGUGUCCACGUACGCUUUCCUGCCAACUCUGAGAUGAUCCAGGUGUCGAACCUGUGGGGAGGACUCAUUUACCUUGUGGCCCCACCCAACACACAGGCAGAGGGAUUGCAGGUUGUUGUACAAAUGGCUGUUCCUGCACCCUAUUUUAAAUCAGGUGUUACAACACAAGCUGAAUGGUCGUUAUUAUGUACAGCUCCUUCACCUUGGGCGGAGUUGGAGUUUGACAACAUCAUCCUCACUGUACCCUCUGAUGUCGUCAGAUGUCUUGAAUAUCCUGAUAAGUUGGCGGUCCUUUGGAAUGACAUCAUGAAGGCCAUCGCUGACCUGGCUGCCAAAUCCCACAAAUUUCCACGGAAGGAGCGUUUUGUGGCAGACGUUCAAAUUUCACACGGAUUUAUGCAUGCAGGUUAUCCUAUAAUGGCACACAGGGGUUCUGCAGCUGAGUUGGUGGAUGUGAACCAUGUGAAGACCAAUGGCAUUUGGGGUGCCAUCCAUGAGCUCGGACACAACCAACAGCGAGGCUGUUGGGAGUUUCCUCCACACACCACAGAGUGCACAUGUAACCUGUGGUCAGUGUACGUGCAUGAAGAGGUGUUUGGUAUCAAACGGGACAAGGCUCAUGAAGUGAUGACUUUGGAAAACCGAAAUAAAAGAGCCAAGGACUAUAUACAAGGGGGCAGGCAGCUCAGCAGCUGGAGCAUGUGGGUGGCCCUAGAGACAUACAUGCAGCUCCAGGAGAAGUUUGGCUGGGAUGCCUUUAAGAAAGUAUUUGCUGCCUACCACGAGAUGAACAACUUUCCCAAUGACAACAAAGAGAAGAUGAACCUGUAUGCAGAGACUUUCUCCCAGACUGUGAGCAUGAACCUGACUGGAUUCUUCAAAGCCUGGGGAUGGCCUAUCGAACAGGCCACUGAACAGAAACUAUCCAGCCUACCUGCUUGGACUGAUCAUCCAAUGGUCUGAAUUGCAAAGAGCUGAUUGUUUCUGAGCACUGACAUGGUUACGAGGGCCACUUUCUUUAGAUGAGCUUUAGUUUGAGGUAAUUUAGCUACAAGUUGGGAUGAUUUUGCUGCAUUUUCAACUUUAUUUAUAACAUUUAAAAGAGAAGGGUAUAUAUUACAUGCACUCGGGAAGAGGAGAGCAGAAUAUAAAAACAUGGGUAAUGCAAAACUUUGUUGUUACUUUGAAUUAUUUGCACACAUAAAAUCUUGGCAAAGGAUCUCAGAAGUUAUGUAGGAUUUUGUGGCAACAAAGAUUUUAUGAAAGGGGCAUGAAGGGGUAAUUGUAUCUUUAAAAAAAAAAAAAACAAAUGUAAGACCAAUGUGCUCAUAGGAUAUAGAUAAAUUAUGUAUUGAUGUCUUACACAAAUGAUAUUAGGAUGUACAUAUGAUUGAAUUAUAUUGUUUUACUUAUUGCAAUAUUACCUGUUAAUCACUGCUGGAGGAACUUAAUUUUUGGGUCCCUUUACAGUAUACAAAAAGCUGCUACAUGGCAAAGAUUAAUAAAACAACAAAAACACCUUUGAACCUUUGAAGCAAGGAACUUCUUUUCUACCGUCUCUGCUAUCUCAAUACCUGCUGCAGGGCUAAUACUGGCCUAUAUCAGUUCAAUUCAUGAACGCUUUAUCUAAUUAAAUAAAUGCAUAUCAAGGAAGGCAGAAAAAGUUGAGCUCCUGCUCAGUUGUUAGUUUAAUUUCCCAUGUUUUUAUUUGUGUGCAUUUUUGUUGCUCUUGACACUUUUAAUCAGCUAUUUGUAAUAAACUUUUAACAGAUCUUUGCAUUAAAAUAAUCAUUAUGAACCAAAUAAGUUAAUCAGCAAAAUUAUUUUUUAUGUGUGUAACUGAGGCUUGUAGAGUCACUGAUAUUUCAGGGUUUUUUUGUUGUUUUUUUCCCUAAAGGAAUAAUACUCUGUUUCUCAGGUGGAGUCUCAUACCUUAGAGAUCAUGUUGAAACACGUUUCUGCUUAUUUGCCUAUAAUUUUCCUUCCAGGCUUGUCUGGUCUUAUCAAUCCACAGAAAUGUCAUAAAACCUUUUCAUGGGUUGAUAACUCCAGUGGAAAGGAAUCCUGACUGCAUCUUUACAUCUCUAUUUUAUUUAACUUCAAUGUUUUACUCAGUUUUCUGAAUUAUCAAAUUAUAUAACAUCACAUAACUUUCCAUAAAAUAAAUCAAUUACACUAAAACAGAGUAAAAAAAGAAGCUCCAACUCUUCUGUCUGAAGUUCUUAUUUUGCAAGAACCAACUCAAAAGUAAGUUCACAACUAGUAACAACAAAUGUAACUAUCUCAGAUUCAUUGAUUAGUUUUGAUUAUCCUGAAUUCUUUUGUGUCUUGGUUUAUGCAAAAAACUGCAGAAAAACAAAGUCUGAAGUUCACUGUUUUUUUCCAAGGCAUUAUCUUUUUGCCAAAUAGUUUUACUAAAUUUAUUUGCUCAUCUGCCUUUAUACAGUCCCUCUAUAAAGUAUUCACAUUGCUUCAGGUGUUCCACAUUUUAUGUAAGAGCUUUGUUACGUAUUAAAAGAAUAUCUUUCUUCAAAAUAUUACACACGUGUUCUCUGUUAUUACAAUGUGGAAUAAACGCUGAGUAUUUUUUAAAUUAAUACAAAAAAAUCACAUAUUCAAGUAUUUGCAGCUUUGUUUGAAACUCAAAACUGAUCUGUUUUUAUUGAUCAUCUUUGAGACGUUUACACAAAUGGAUUUAAUUUGGAAAAGCAGUGGCAAGUAAAUCGUUCAGCAGGACAAGCCAAAGUAUGUGGGUAGAAUUUAUUGGAAAGAGAUUAACUUAAUGCAAUGUGGAAUAAGGCCGUAACAUAACAAAAUGUCAAAAAAGUGAAACGCUGUGAAUACUUUCCAGAUGCACUGUUCACAUAUGACUUCCUGUUCUUAAUCCAUAAAGUUUUAAUUAUGUUGGCAAGAUUAAAGGCAUGUAGUGAGAAAAGUCAAAAAUGGUACGACUCGAAUGUUUAUGACAGAUAGCUUGUCUUCAUGGCUCUUGGGUAAUUCUUCUAUCAACUUUGAUUUUCCCCAGAUCGCUGCACAGAUCUGUAUGAAAUAAACUUUUUUAAAAAUGA